AUGGCUGACUAUAAAGAUCCCAUCUCCUUGAGCAGCCACUCUGAUAAAGAGAAGGCUGACGUGAAAGCUACCAAGAUCGAUGACACCGAUCUCGAGUCUCUCCUGGAUCAAUUGCGGCAGAUCGUGGCCGAAAAUGAACUCGACGUCAACUUCCCGGUUCAAAUCAUCGCUCAGGCGCGCGAGAUCCUCGAUGCCGACACCAAGCAUAUUGAUCUCUCUCAGCUGCAGGAGGUCAUCUCAGAUAUUGAGAAGCACCGGGAUCUCAUCGAGAAUGACUCUCCCUAUCCGGAGGUGCGCGCUGUGGUUGACCCAACCGAUGACCCUGAUAUCUCGGCCAACACUUUUCGAGCCUGGUUCCUGGGCAUGAUAGCUACCAUCGUCUUCACGGGUGUCAAUCAGUUCUUCACUUUGCGCUAUCCGACCAUUAUCAUUUAUUCCAUUGUCGCUCAAUUGCUAUCCUACCCCUGCGGUGUCUUCAUGGCUAGGACUUUGCCUACUCGCCAGUGGAACCUGUUUGGCUGGAAGUUCACUCUGAACCCUGGCCCAUUCAACCAGAAGGAGCACAUGCUCAUCACUGUCAUGUCCAAUGUCUCCUUCGGCGGUACCAACGGCACAGCCUACGUGACCUACAUCUUCCAGCCGGCUUCCAAAUCCUUAAUUACUCUCUCCACACAACUAUUGGGCUACGGCUGUGCCGGCGUGGUACGUCGAUUCCUAGUAUACCCGCCAUCGAUGAUCUACCCUAAGUGCCUCUCGACCAUUGCUUUGAACAAGGCACUGCACAGCGAUGAAGGCCGCGAGCGGGUUCACGGUUGGAAAAUCAGCCGAUACCGCUUCUUCAUGUACUGCUUCAUAGGCAUGUUCAUCUACUACUGGUUCCCGGGGUACAUCUUUCAGGCACUCUCCUACUUCAACUGGAUGAAUUGGAUCGCCCCGGAUAACGUCAAGUUAGCGCUCAUCUGUGGCACUAUCACCGGGCUUGGCCUCAACCCUUUACCUACCUUUGAUUGGAACAUCGUCUACGCACUCUAUGACCCGAUUAUCUACCCCUUCUACGCAUUGGCCAACAUAGGUAUCGGUACCAUCCUGGGAGCCUUCUGCGUCAUCGCCCCCAUAUACUUCAGCAAUGUGUGGAAGACCGCUUACUUCCCCAUCAUCAGCAACGACGUCUUCGAUGACACCGGCAACACCUACAAUGUCACCCGCGUGCUGAACAGCAAGGGCGAAUUCGACCUAGAGGGUUAUGAAGGCUACAGCCAACCCUACCUGACGGCCGGGUACUCCGUGAUGUUCUUCUUUUUCUUCGCCAUGUACCUGGCCACGAUCGUGCACGUCGCGCUCUACAACCGGCGCGAGAUCAUGAAGGGCUUCCGAGCCCUAUGGAAGUGGGCCAGCGCGCGCGAAGAGCACGAGGACGUGCACAAUCGCUUGAUGAAGCGAUACAAGGAGGUUCCCGAAUGGUGGUACCUGGCUGUGCUGGCCGUGUCCUUUGUAUUUGGUUGCAUCGGCGUGGCCAAAUACGACACUGGCAUGCCCAUCUGGGGUAUCGUCUUCGCCAUCAUCUUGUGUCUCGUGCUACAGAUCCCAUACGGUAUGGUCUACGCCAUCACCAACUCCGAGGUCACGAACAACGUGAUUGCCGAGUUCAUUGGCGGAUACGCCAUCCCCGGCAAGCCCGUCGCCAACCUCCUAUUCAAGUCAUUCGGAUACAUCGCCUGUGCCCAGUCCAUCCAGUUCGUAGCUGAUCUGAAACUGGGCCACUAUAUGAAGAUUCCCCCGAGAGUGAUGUUCGCAGCCCAGCUGGUGGCUACCAUCGUCGGGGCAUUCGUGUCUCUUGGAGUAAAUGUUUGGGCCCUUGCCAACAUCGAGGACGUGUGCUCUACCACCCAGCCGAACAAGUUCACUUGCGCCAGCGCCCGAGACUUCUACACUUCCUCCGUAAUCUGGGGCGCCAUCGGCCCACGCCGCCUCUUCGGCUCAGGGCAAAUCUACAACCCUCUCCUCUACGGCUUCCUCGUCGGCGCCCUCCUUCCCAUCCCCUUCUACUUCAUCACCAAGUGGCGCCCGCGCUCCGGUCUCCGAUACGUGUACAUCCCACUCGUGUUCUACGGGAUCUGCGAUAUCGCGCCGUACAAUGUCACGUACGCGUGGUGUCCGAUGGUGGUGGGGUUCAUUUUCAAUUACUGGAUUAAGAGACGGUGGCAGGCGUGGUGGGAGAAGUACGCGUAUGUGUUCACGACGGCGAUGUCGUGCGGAGUGGCUAUCUCGGCGAUUAUUAUUUUCUUUGCCGUCGAAUAUAAGGAGGUCGAUUUGAAUUGGUGGGGGAAUGAGGUUUCGUAUGCUGGGUGUGAUAAUGAUGGGUGUGCGCUGUUGGCGAUUCCCGAGGGGGGGAAGAUUUGA